AUGAUCUCUCUCGUCGGUGGCCAUCUACUCUCAUUAUCUUUCGAAAGUGUCGCUCUCGGUGUUCACACACUGACCUUGAGACACUGUCUCCGUCCUUCGCGCUGGGAGCGGAGCGGAUCUCCCAAAAGGAAAAAUUGGACGAUCCUGUUGGUCGCCCUUAUUCUCUACGCGCUCGGCGUAGUAGACGUUGUGCUCAAUAUUUACUAUAACUUGGAUGCCUUUGUCUUUCACUCUGGCUCCGGAGGGGCAGAAGCUGUAUUUACAGACAUCUCAAACCCGGUUAAUUGUAUGAGGACCACCUGUCUUAUGAUGGCUACUCUUGUAGCGGAUGGGAUGCUGGUGUAUCGAUGUUGGGUGAUCUUUGGCCAAGUCUAUUAUAUGGCGACACUGCUCCCGGGUGCUUCACUCGUCGCCGCCCCCGAAUUACAAGUGUUUAUUUCUGCAUUUGGUGCUUUAAACAUCACCCUCAACAUGGGAACCACCGUUCUCAUUGUAUGCUACAUAUGGUUUGUCCACCAGCAGUCCGCUCAAUUGCUCCAGAGAGAGACUUCUGGCAUGAUAGGCCUAAAGGCCAUUAUGCGCAUUUUCGUUGAGUCCGCACUCGUGUACACGACUGUUGUUGUGAUAGCAUACAUUGCGGACCUUACGGGAUGCAACAUUGUGUACGCAAUGGGAGAUAUAGAGUUGGAGAUGGCCGGCAUCUCAUUUGACCUCCUUAUCAUCCGCUGUCGAGAAAUUGCUUGUCGCAAUGCUGCAGUCGAUGAAGACAUCCUAACCACGCUGCGGAUCCAGUCACCUAAGGACACAACCAGUGAUCACAACACUGGCAUUCCAGUGGAGGAGGCCGCUUCUACAGUCAAUCUGUCUACUCCCAGCACAUCGAUGCAGGUUUGA